UCACGCCUUUCAGAAAUAAUAGAGGGCGAUAUACUCAUGACAGACAACCUUAGACGCAUCCUGAAUGCGGCGGACAAAUCAAGAAACAAGCGGGAUAUUGUAACUGAUAUGGUAAUGAGGUGGCCUGAUGGAGUCGUACCUUAUGUACUUGACGCAAGCCUAAGUAAGUACAGUUGCAAGUUGUAUUAAACGAAUAAUAGCAGGGCAAAACUCUCCUGCAGCAUUUUUCUAGCGUCUUCGACAAUAGUCUGCGUAGGAGGCGCUUGUAAAAGAGUUGCGCUCCCGUUUUUUCUUAUGCCCACUACUUCUAAGCGCCUGCUAGGUAGACUAGUUCGACAAAUCUUUUAGUGGGUCGUCUACUUUGUAGACUGUUUAGAAUGAAACAGUUCUUUCUUAUCUUUUGUUUGUUUGUUUGUUUUUUUGUUUGUUUUCUUCUUGUUUUUUUUUUCCUCGCUUUUGGCCGUUUAUGUAAGUAAACUACCCAGUGACUUCGGACACGAAAGUGUAGAUGGCAAACCGACAAAAGUGCUUGUGCUAGAGUCUGGAGGCAAAGCAGCUUUAGUUUCCAGUACACCGCAAACUAUGUCAUUACUGGUUGUUUAGUCCAUACGCCUUUCUCUUCCCAACCCUCCCCUUAUUUUAUCAUUUUUUCAUUGCUAAUUUCUUUUCGCUCGUCCUACUUACUGAUUGGCCCCAUGUAAAAAAAUUUCCAAGACAGUCUUGGAGUCUGAAUUCCGAGCCGUAAAUUCCGGAUUCCUGGUACUGAACUGCGGAUUCUUUGUCUGAGGAACGUGGAUUCCGGACUCCAAUCUUUAGUGGGAUUCCGUAUUUAUUGAGCUGUAAUCCGGAUUCCAAAGCCCGGGACUCCAAAUCCGAAAGUAAACGUUCGCGUGGUUCCGGAUUCAACAGUAAAAGGUUCCCGGUUUCCGGAAUCCCUUACAUGGGGCGAUACUGACAGUCAGCAACUAACAGGGUAGCAAAUUAUCCUUUUUGCCAUUUUCCUCUCGUGGAAAAAAUGCUGGGUAAUUUCUAGUUACUAAUUAUUACUAAUGUCGUCGCUGUGACGACGCUAACCAAUGCAAUCCACCAUUUUGAAAAGAAAGUGAAGGGAAGAACAUUUGAUAAUGUUUUUUGGGGGGUGUCUUUCUGUUUUAACUGAUUAAUAAUGUUCAUAUGAUGUUUGUUGUGCAUUUACUUUUAAUCAUUACUUAAGAGUUUUCUUCUGUUUUGAAUAUGGACACUGAAUUUUUCUUCAUAACCUCCACAAACUGGCCAUCUCUCUACAACGACCACUUGCCGAUCGGCCUCACCCCCCCCCCUCCCCCACACACACGUCCCACAGGUGGCAGUUGUGGAGCCACUUCAAUUGGAAUAAACUCAAUUAAAACCUUUAACUUGUUUUCUCGUCGACCAUCUAGGUAAGCAGGCCCUUGUUGCAAUUAGAAAGGCAAUGCGAGAGUUUCACAAGAGAAGUUGCGUUAAAUUUGUCCCUCGCAUAAACGAACAAGACUACAUCGAGUUUGAAGGAAAUCUUGGGUAAGAAAACAUCGCUUUGUGUUCAAUGCUUUAUCUAAAAUCUUCGUGUUAUUAUUAUUAUCAUUAUUUGUUGUUGUUGUGCCACCGGUGGUAGUUUUACUUUUAUCAUUUAUUGAACGCUUCGUUGUCGUCAUUGCUUUUUGUUCCCUUAUAAAAGCGCGUGUGAGAUGUUAUCCAAGUCCCGCGCGUAAUUCUAGUGGUAAAACCUCAUAAAAAGGCCAUUUGCUCCAUUUGCACGAUGACGUCAUUAUACUACUACUACCAGAAUCCUACAGGGUUUUGCUUUCCUGUGAAAAGUGGAACCUUCGCCAUCUGAUCUAAGCCUAGCUGGGAUUACCAAAUUUAAAUAUGAAACUCUCAAAAACGCAAAGUAUAUUCUGGUCAUAGUAGUAAAAUGAUGAGAUCGCGGGCCAUCAACUUCUGUCGCUCGUUCCGUGUUUCGGUGGCAGUGAAUCUGAUUCCAGUGACAAAGUAAAGACAACAAAUCAGAACAUGUUCUGAGUUUCUUUAGAACAUGUUCUGAGUUUCAUCUGUCAGGCUGCCAUUACAAAACCUCCCACUCGCCCAAAGGAACAAAUACAGAUCUGUUUCACACACUCCUUGCCUUACGAUCCGCUUUUUUUUCCUUUGUCGCAGUUGUUUCUCUGCUAUCGGGCGUCAAGGAGGAAAACAGAGAAUCUCUGUUGGCGAGGGCUGUGAAUACAAAGGAACCGUUAUGCACGAGAUGAUGCAUGCUCUUGGCUUCUUUCACGAGCAAUCACGCACUGAUAGAGAUGAUUACGUCAUGGUGUUAUGGUGGAACGUUGAACCAGGUACUAUGCGCGCGAAGGCCAAGUCAAACUGCAUGAGGAAUAACAUGACCAAACACUGAAACAUUAAUAACCAAAAUAGUCAAGCAGGCUAUCUUUGUAGCCUUCAAAGUUGCCUCGUUUCUUUUUCCUUAGAAAAUAACGAGAGAAAGGCCACCCCAUGCAAGGUAAUCCAAGGUUGUUCACCAUUUAUAAAAAAAACUCCGGAAAUUUUGGUUGGGAAUUUUUGGUCGGUAAGAACGGUACGUGUCGUUUACCAUUUGCCUAAAAUUUCCGGAUUGUCGCGCCGCGCUUGGCUGGAUUCUAGUUACAACAUGAAACUGGUACGAAAUUCAAGAAACUUGUACAUGGUAAACGAAUUUCUAUUCUUAACGUCCCAAUCGGGAAAACCGGACUACCUUUUCAGAAUUUCCGUUUGCCCCGGGAAUUUUCCAGUGGGACGAACCAAAAAAAACGUUUACCAUUUACAUUCCAACCGGAAUCUCCGGGAAUUUGUGGUAAAUGGUAAGCAACCCAAGAUUCUGGAUUCCACAUUGUGGAUUCGUAUUCCAGGUACUGGAUUCUUGAUUCCUUGUCAGUGGAUUUUGUGGAUACCGGAUUCCAAUCGUUGGCGGAAUUCGGGAUUCCUAUAAGCUGGAUUCCGGAUUCCAAUUCCCAGGAAUCCGGAUUCCACAAGCAAUGAUUUCCCGGAUUCAGAAUCCGUAUUACCUUAUAUGGGGCGAGAACGGGUUCUUGAGACCGAUCUUGCAAACUUCUUCCGCUAGUCUUUCAAUACCAUGCAUAGACUGGAAACCCUCAGCUACUGAAACACUUAACCAUUGAAGGAGUGGUAUAAUUCAACCACAUUACUGACACACCUCACGAUUAACUUCACUUAAAUACAUAGUCAAUGGAGUUGGUAUUAUCCGGAAACGGACUUCUUUCCUUGCACUCUAUUGUAUAGGAUUUGAAAAGAAUUUUGACAGUUACGGCCCAGAUCGAGUAGACAGCGCGGAAGAACCGUAUGACUUUGACAGCUUGAUGCAUUAUGACAAUCAAGCAUUUAGCAAAAACGGAGAAAAUACACUACAAGCAAUAUCAGAUCCAGACAGACAUCUUGGUAAUAUGGAUGAUUUUAGCGCUAUCGACAUUAAGCAGUUGUUAAAACAUUAUCCGUGUAAAGCUUGGGACAGGAAACCUGUUGAUAACGGCGGCCAAAGGAAAGCGGAAGAAAGUAAGUGUACUGGGAUGCCACUGUAA